AUGACGGCGCGUCUAACAUGUCAGAAAUUCCUUUUUGUCGCUUUGGCUUUUGUGGCUUGCGCCUAUGCUGAUGUUUCCGAAUUGGGCUACACCUAUGAACGCCCAGCCCCAGUUACCACAUAUGUGUCACCACCUAAAGCUUUCGAAAAGAAGACUUAUGUACUACCCGCACAAGCUCGCGUUACAACUAAAGUAGUUCCAGCUCCAGUUGCUCCCGUUACCACAUAUGUGUCAACACCUAAAGUUUUCCAACCUCAGACUUAUGUCCCACCCGCACUAGGUCGCAUUGUAAAACCCAUUGUUGAACCCUUUGGUAAGCGCACUUUUAAACCCAUUUCUGAACUCGAGGGCACUUAUGGACCCAUUGUUGAACCCUUUGGUAAGCACACUUUUAAACCCAUUUCUGAACUCGAGGGCACUUAUGGACCCAUUGUUGAACCCUUUGGUAAGCAUAUUGCUGAAGACAAGGGCAUUUAUGGACCCAUUGUUGAAGCCAAGGAAUUCUUGAAACCCGAUCAUAUUGCUAAACCCAAGGACAUUUAUGGACCCAUUGUUGAACCCAAGGAAUUUUUGAAACCCGAUCAUAUUGCUAAACCCAGUGACAUUUAUGGGCCCAUUGUUGAACCCAAGGAAUUUUUGAAACCCGAAAUUGAUGGUUAUCAUUACAAGACCGUGCGUCGUGUUGUCUACAGACAACGUGCCUAA